CUCUGUCCCUCAGGCGGCUGGAUCUGACUGGAAUUAAAUCAGGAUUGAGUUGUGUUUCUGAGACAUGGCCGGCUCCGUAUCCGUCGACUCGAGGGCUGAAGCAGCCCAACACCAGCAGCAGAAGGAGCUGGUCUGAGGACGAACAGAUCUGCAGUCACACAUUUGUGAGGAUUACUCCUCUGACAUGCUUCGUGUGAGAAUGAUCCUUCAGGUCGUCUCUGUGGUUUGGGGAGUUACGCUCGUCGUUUGUGAGCAAGCACAGUUCACCACCGUCAGCACAAACUACGGGAAGCUGCGUGGACUGCGUGUGGCUCUGGCCAGUGAGAUCCUGGGCCCCGUGGAGCAGUAUCUGGGCGUCCCGUAUGCGAUGGCCCCGACUGGAGAGCGACGGUUUCAGGCCCCGGAGCCUCCGGCGUCGUGGCCCGGCAUCAGGAACGCCACACAGUUCGCUCCGGUGUGUCCACAGUAUCUGGAGGACCGGCUGCUGCUCACAGACAUGUUACCGGUGUGGUUUACCGCAAACCUGGACACGGUCGCGACGUACGUACACGAGCAGAGCGAAGACUGUCUGUACCUCAACAUCUACGUGCCCACGGAGGAAGAAGCACAUGAAGACACGGGCUUGAAGCCGGUCAUGGUUUACAUUCACGGCGGCUCAUACGUGGAGGGAACGGGGAACAUGAUGGACGGCAGCGUCCUGGCCAGCUACGGUCACGUGAUCGUCGUGACCGUGAACUACCGGCUCGGGGUGCUGGGUUUCCUCAGCACUGGUGAUCAAGCAGCCAAAGGGAACUACGGUCUGCUGGAUCAGAUCCAGGCUCUGCGCUGGGUGAAGGAGAACAUUCAGGCUUUCAAUGGCGAUCCGGAGCGAGUGACCAUCUUCGGCUCUGGAGCAGGAGCCUCCUGCGUCAGUCUGCUGACCCUCUCGCACUACUCUGAAGAUCUGUUUCAGAAAGCUAUCAUCCAGAGUGGGACGGCUCUCUCCAGCUGGGCCGUCAACUACCAGCCGGCCAAGUACACGCGCAUGCUGGCCGAGAAGGUGGGCUGCAACGAAGACGACACAGUCGAGCUGAUCGAGUGCCUCCAAAACAAAAACUACAAGGAGCUGAUUGAGCAGAACAUCACCCCCUCUAAAUACCACAUCGCCUUCGGACCCGUGAUCGAUGGAGACGUCAUUCCAGAUGACCCACAGAUCCUCAUGGAACAGGGAGAGUUCCUCAACUAUGAUAUAAUGCUAGGAGUAAACCAGGGCGAAGGCUACAAGUUCGUAGACGGGAUCUUAGACAGCGAGGAUAGAAUAACAAGCAAUGACUUUGAGUUUGCCAUAUCAGAAUUUGUCGACCAUUUGUACGGCUAUCCAGAAGGAAAGGACACCCUGCGGGAAACCAUAAAGUUCAUGUACACAGACUGGGCUGAUAGGGAAAACCCAGAGAUGCGACGAAAAACACUGGUUGCACUUUUCACAGAUCACCAGUGGGUGGCACCAGCCGUUGCGACGGCAGACCUGCAUGCGCAGUACGGAUCGCCAACAUACUUUUAUGCCUUUUAUCACCACUGCCAGAGCGACAUGAAGCCCGCCUGGGCCGAUUCGGCACACGGAGACGAACUUCCAUACGUUUUCGGCAUCCCCAUGAUCGGCCCCACGGAUCUCUUCAACUGCAACUUCUCCAAGAAUGACAUCAUGUUGAGUGCCGUGGUCAUGACAUACUGGACGAACUUCGCCAAAACUGGAGACCCGAAUCAGCCAGUUCCUCAAGACACAAAGUUCAUCCACACUAAACCAAACCGCUUUGAGGAGGUGGCCUGGUCCAAAUACAACCCUAAAGACCAGCUGUACCUGCACAUCGGCCUGAAGCCUCGCGUCCGGGACCACUACAGAGCCACCAAGAUCGCCUUCUGGCUGGAGUUAGUGCCGCAUUUACACAGCAUCAACGAACUCUUCCAGUACGUUUCAUCAACGACCAAAAUACCACCACAGGACACGACGCCAUUCUCCUACACCAAACGCCUGUCCAACAAACUCUUGCCAUCGACCACCCGCCAUCCGCCCGCUCCUCCGGCCAACACCAAACAGAUGUCGGAACAGCAGAAGACAUCUGAGCACGGCGAUGGAACGGUUAUCAUCGAAGUGCGAGAUUAUUCAACUGAGCUGAGCGUGACGAUCGCAGUCGGUGCGUCUCUGCUCUUCUUAAAUAUCCUUGCGUUCGCAGCACUCUACUACAAGAAAGACAAACACCGGUUAGAGUUGAGUCGCAGGCACAGUCCACCAAGAAAUCUCACAAACGAUAUCCCCCGUGUGCCAAGCGAGGAGUUUAUGCCCCUGCAGAUGAAGCAGCUCAGCCACGAUCACGAUUGUGAUUCCCUGCAAGGCCACGAUAUGAUUCAGCUGACCUGUCCUCCGGAUUACACACUAGCGUUGCGUCGUUCACCUGACGACAUGCCACUGAUGACACCAAACACCAUCACUAUGAUUCCUCGCUCUUUUGCUGACUUGCCGCCAUCGUAUCACAACCCUUUCAAUGCAUUCGGGAACAGCACUCCGAGCAGCAUGGGCCUCCCACAUGGACACUCUACAACACGAGUAUAACUCGCCACAAGUUGACGGACGAUUUAGAUGUGCACACAGGUGCUCAAACACAAAAAACUGAGUGUAGGGCUACACAAUUAAUCUAAAUUAAAUUGCAAGGGCGAUUAAUUGCGAUUAGACAGAAGUUGUGAUUGUCAUGUGUAUCUUUCAGGGAAGCACGGUUCUGUGAUCAGAAGUAAAUCCCCAUCCGAA